GGUUCGUCGAGGCGGUGUGUUGAUAUAUAUUCGUGCGUUGACAAAAAUGUGUGAAUCCACUCGAGGCAUAAACCAGGAUCUAUAUAGUUUCGUCGUUUAAAUCGAGAACCGGGCAAAAGUAACUAGUAAAAAAAGGAUACCUGCUAUUCGUAUUUCCAGUGAAAAUAAUUGACGAUACCUUAAAAUAGUUUGUACCGCAUGUUUUACAAUUCAUAUUCUCCGGCUUCGCCGUCAACGGUACCAAUUUGUGUCCGGUGAAUAUUAUUAAAUCGUAAUCACUGCCGCCUAGUGCCGGAUCAAGACAAAAUGGCUUUCGCUUGCGUAAAAAUUUUGUGUUUUGGUGUAAUUCUUCUCCUGAGGGCAGAAACUUCCCGCCAACAAGAAGAAGAUAUUCCUCACAACGAAGUCAAGAACUGGGCGCUAAAAUUUGGCGUGGAUCUUUGGGAAUUUGGCCGGCAGGUGACAAAGAUGAAUGAAAUACAACGGAAAUACCACGAGGUAGAGGCUGACGUUGUACGAAAGGACGGGCUUCUCUUGAUCCGAGAAAUGGCAGCAGAAGUGAAAAACAUGAUGGAUUUCAAGAUGAAUGCCGUCAUGCGGAUAAUGGAGAGCGCGGAGCAGGCGGCCGUCUCGGCCCCGAGGGACGUUGAGUCACCCCCCAAGUAUUACUCUUCCCACCGUCUGAAUCUAUUUACAAAGGAUAAAAAAAUUGCUCCCGGCGCGCAAGAAAUGAUCUUGACUCCCAGCCGUCACUUUGACCAUUUGCCCGUAAACGUUAGCCUGUCCGCGGUGCUUUUACCAUUUGGCGUCAAAGAUACCGACCCGGAUGUUGCCGCUGGUAUUCGAUGGAGCGACUAUCUGGAUCCACUUUUUGCCAAUAAUUACGAGAGCGACCCGUCCCUUUCGUGGCAAUAUUUUGGAGCAACUUCCGGCUUCCUGCGUCGAUUUCCUGCUACUUCGUGGCCAACUGUACCGACGUCGACGCCGUCUCGAUCUUCGUCGGUGGUUCGUGACGUAUACGACUUUCGCAACUCUGGAUGGUUCGUCGGAGGAGCGACAAGUUCCAAGGACGUCGCAAUCCUUAUCGACAACGGAAGUUACAUGUCCGGAAAGAGGCGCGACCUCGCCGUAGCCACAGCCAAGGCCAUUCUGGGGACCCUUGGCCCUGACGACUACGUAAACGUGUACCGUUACGCCGAGGGCGUCGACGAGAUAGUUCUCUGCUUCAAGGACAGUAUGGUCCAGGCCACCCCUGAGAACGUCAGGGAGCUCAAGGUGGCCCUCGACGCUAUGAAGCCGGAGGGAACAACCAACGCUUCCGCCGCCCUGAGCACAGCCUUUGAGAUAUUGCACAAGUACAACAGAACCGGCCAGGGUAGCCAGUGCAACCAGGCGAUUAUGAUGAUCACGUCCGACACGAACGACGUGCCGAAGGAGCUUAUCAAACGAUAUAAUUCACCGCACAUGCCGGUAAGGAUAUUCGUGUACCUUGUCGGCGGAGAAAAGAGUCCCGGACUACGCGCAAUGGCUUGCGCGAACAAAGGCUACUACGCCAGGGUCUCAAAUAUGGAUGAAAUUGAGGAAAAAGUUUUCGAGUAUAUCAAGGUCCUGGCGAGACCUAUGGUGUUGUAUCAACACGAUCAUCCGAUACACUGGACAUCUGUAUACGUUGGAGGAAAGAGCAACAGGUACGGCGAGGAAGGUAACGGGCAGCUGAUGACUUCUGUGACGGCACCCAUAUUGGACCGCCGAAACCAUACGGUGAGGGUAGCCAAUCUGUUGGGGAUCGUAGGUACGGAUGUUCCGGUUGAACAGAUACAAAAGCUUGUGCCUCCGUAUAAGCUCGGCGUCAAUGGCUAUUCGUUCAUUGUUGACAACAAUGGUCGGAUUUUGUACCACCCGGAUUUGCGCCCCCUGCCAGGAAAUAUUGACUACGACGAGACACUGAGGCCAAAGUACGUGAGUGUUGAUUUAUCAGAAGUCGAACUGGCGGAACACGAGGCGUCCUCCCAUCCGCUGAACAACUCUCUGCUCUUGGACCUGAGACACGAUAUGAUUGAUCAGAAGGAGGGGGAGACCGAAUUCGCCGUCAAAAUUCACUAUGACGAUAUGAAGAGGGUGACCUUGAGGAGGCACAAAUAUUUCUACAUGCCGAUCGAGGGUACACCAUUUUCUCUGGGUCUCGCUUUGCCGGAGGGGUACGGGAUGUACGAACUCCUCGCAGAGCAAGAAAUCAAGCACGCUAAAUUUAAUGUUACCGACUUUUUCAAGGGGAAUAACUGGAAGGUACACCCCGACUGGGUUUACUGCGAGUAUAACUCAGGGUCGAACAAAUGGUUCGCCAGCCCCGAGGAUAGGGUUUUUCAUUUCUUAGACCGGACUCGCCGUCCUGGUUGGAAAUGGAUGUCGUUGAGACCCAGAAGCCCCAGCUCGCAUCAUAGACAAGCGAGUAAGCCGGACAAGGAUUCGCACUAUUGUGACAAGACUUUGGUGCAGUCGUUGCUGCUGGACGCUUUGGUAACCGAUGAGUUUGAUAGAAAAAGUACACAUUCUAUGCGUAAAGAUGAUAAGCAAAGCCCAAUUGCCAUACUGAUGGCUCUACUGCACAGCCAAGGAAAAGGUAUGUUCGGAGUAACGCGCAGUUUUAUUGCCACCCGCAGUGGACUGCUCCGAUGGCACGAGCAUCCAUCACAGGAGGAUGUUCCAGCAGUCGAAGCUACAAACGAACCACACUUUGGUGACGUCCACAGGAGGGCCAUGGAUUCAUCCUGGUACAAGCGGGCCGUCGACCAACAUUCCGUCGAACCAGAAAGUUUUGUUUUCAGUGUGCCGUUCAACGCCGCCGACAGUGCAAAAUCAUUGGUAACCGCAACGCACGCUGUAUUCGUUGAACGGAAGGGUCAUAGAGCUCCUGCGGCAGUGGUCGGUCUCCAGUUCCUACAUUCAUCACUGGCAUCUCACUUUAUCAAUAUCACAUCUACGUGUACAGCAAUGACGGAGUGCAAAAAAACUUGUGCUUCUGAAGAACUGGACUGUUAUAUCCUGGACAACAAUGGUUUUAUUAUUAUAAGCGAAAGGCACGAGCACACUGGGAAAUUCUUCGGUGAAAUUGACGGAACAAUCAUGGACUCUUUGGUUCAAGAUAGAAUUUACAGAAACAUAACGGUCGUUGACUACCAGGGCGCUUGUCUCCCUCAACGGUCACAUUAUUCAGCUGCUGUGAGAACCAUUUCGAACUCGAUCGUCAAAACAUUAGCAUCGAUUGGCGGUUUACUCUGGAGUUUCGCCAUCCGGGUGAAUCUGUACGGACUAUGGGGAUCCGUCCAGUGGACUCACGCCGAAGAAACAGAGCCGGAUGACGAACCUGCCUAUACGGACUAUGAUACGAACCACGUUGAGUCGUACCAGCCUAAAUACUCCCAAGAAGCCGCACCCGAGACGGAGGAGCUUCCGGCGCCCCCGGCUGCAGGACCCGCUCCAGCUCCAGCUCCGGCUCCAGCGGUUCCUCCGGCGACCCACGCGACUCACGCGAGUUAUUACGCAGGGCGAAGGAUUCGGGCUUGCGAGAAGAAGACCGAGCUGUACAUACUACAACCGGAGCGAUUGAAUACCAGCGGGCUCAGUAACCCGCUCAAGGGGAAGUUGACCAAUUGCGACGAGAGCGGCUGCGAAAGACCGUUCAGUGUGCAGAAGAUUCAACAUACGAAUUUGAUCCUUCUGGUGGUCGACACAACGUGCCCCUGCGGAAGCAAACUGCUCAGUAUAGAGCCAAUAGAGGCACUGACUGAACCAGAAGCGUGUACCGCGAGGAGAGAACGCCUUUAUCGACACAGACCACCGAAAUGUAUAAAUUAUCACCCCGAAGAGAUGGAAAUUAAACAGUGUGGAGGAUCAAACCGCGUCGAGAUCAGUGUAACGACUCUGGCCGUCGUUACAAUCGUCAUCGCAACUGUAACGUCUCAAUUGACGUGAUUUUUCUAACUGACGCAACAAUAAUUCAUAUAAUUAUAUAGUAUACCUGGUUCGGGACGGGGGGCAAGUAUACAGUAUAUCACAUAUAUGUAUACGUGUAACACGUAGGACAGUGUCACACAUAUCAUAUCUGAUUAUUUAUACACCGCCAGCACCUCAAAUUCGAAUGCUUCGGUGUACCUAACAAUGCUGGUUAUCGUAUUAAUUAACACGCGAGAAACGUUAUCAUGCUGUACGUGUAUACCUAUAUUACCCCUGUACUUCGACCCUAGAAGUAUUGUGUACAUGCAUGCUAUGCGUACCUUAUAAUGCCUCUUAUGAAAAGUAGCACGUUUCAGAUUUCUGAGGAAAACUAGCAUAUUGUGGUUUUCACCGCAAAAACUAGCACGUUUCCAUUUUCACCGCGGAAAUUAGCACGUUUCAAUCCAGAUCAGUCAAGGUGUACUACUGCUGGGUAUAAAAAUUCAAAAAGACUGAUUUAGUCAUCUCCAAUAAGAUACAAUAGUUGUUACGCACUUGUAGAAAGAUUAUGCAUAGUUUUGGUAAGAGCUACUUGAUAUAA